AUGCAGCCUCAACACUCACUUCCAGCUCGUCCCCCGCCUUCUACCUAUUCGGCUCCGCCGUCCAGGCCCAACCACCCCGGCGCGAGAGGCCAGAGCAACCCAUCCAUGUAUGGCGGCUUCACACCUCGCUCGGUGGCAGCACAUGCUCCUCCACAAGCUGGCCCAUCAGCUCUGUACUCGCAACCCACAGUGAGCACUCCAUACCAAGCGACCGCUUAUGCGAGCAGCAAUGCUUACUACGACAACUCAUAUCCAGCAUACGCCGCUGCCGCACCCACUCCGUCGUACCCAGCUGCGCCUCCCAUGAACAGUGCUGCAGGUGGCACCUAUGACCCGGAAGAAGAAGCUCGCAUCGCAGAGUGGAACAGCGCAUACAACAAGGACGAUGCCGCCUUCAAGAAGGGAAUCAGCGCGAACGUUGGCGCCCGUACCGAUGCGGUCGCAACUCCGGAUGCUGAGCCCGCGGUGACAGCAGACGGCAAGCGCAAGACGGUUGUGCGCGAAGGAGGUGGAAAGACCUGGGAAGACCCUACGCUCCUCGAGUGGGACCCUAUGCAUCCGCGCCUGUUCAUCGGCAACCUCGCUGGUGAGGUCACGGACGACUCGCUCCACAAGGCCUUUUCCAAGUACCCUUCCCUCGUCAAGGCCCGCGUUGUCCGUGACAAGAAGUCAACAAAGAGCAAGAGCUAUGGCUUCGUCAGCUUCUCUGAUACCGACGACUACUUCCGUGCCUUCAAGGAGAUGAACGGCAAGUACAUUGGCAGCCACCCAGUCAAACUCAGCCGAGCGACAUCGGAGGUGAAGGCGGUCAUCAAGAAGGAGGACAAGCACCACCACCAUGGAAAGAACAACAAGAACAACAAAAACAACAAGAACCAGACCAACCGACCCAGCGCCGUCGCAUCGGCUCCUGUUGCUCCCAACCCCGUCGCUUUCAUUCCUAGGGGCGUCCAGAAGAAGGGCAAGUCGGCCGGACCUAGACUUCUUGGCUAG